AAGCGAGCUAAGAGAUCGAUCGCUGGUGACCGUCACCGUCCGUCUAGAUAACGCGAGAUGAGUGAUCGCGGCCUUAUCGUUAUCUCGCAGGGAAGGAAUCUUCGUAGAGCGUUGGUAGGUAGGCCGCAUUUGCACUGAAGCCUCAGUAGGCAGCACGCGGCAUCCUUGGAGCGAUCGCCGAGACGCCGCUCCCUAUAUCCGCGGUGGCGCACGCGCAUCCCUAAGUGUCGCUUACGGUGACGAUGAUAAGCACCUACCAGUGACUUCGCCAUAUAUCUCGUUAACGUGAUCUCAUAUCGGACUAUUAUUUUAAAAGUGAAACUCCAAGUGAAAAUAAUCGAAAAUGGGGUUAGAUUUCUUAGAGCAUGGGGCGGACUUUGAAGCCGCCAUUUCGGCUACGGGUUUCGGUCGCUUCCACUUUUGCCUGCUUGCGGUCACGGGGCUGAUCUACGCUAACACCGCCAUUGGAAUCACAAUAGUGUCGUUCGUGCUACCGUCGGCGACAUGUGAUUUCCGCAUGACUUCUGCGGACAAGGGCUGGCUUACAGCCGCGCCUAUGUUGGGUAUGGUCAUUGGUUCAUAUUUCUGGGGUUGCUUGGCUGAUACAAAGGGCCGUAAGGUUGUAUUAGUAUCAACCCUACUACUUGACGGCGUGGUCGGUAUCAUCUCAUCGUUCGUCCAGAUCUUGCCCAUAUUCAUGGCUUGCAGAUUCGUCAAUGGUUUUGCCGUUGCCGGUGCUAUGGGUAUUUGCUUCCCGUACCUGGGAGAGUUCCAACAGACCAAAUACAGAGAGAAAAUCCUGUGCUGGAUGGAAAUGUUCUGGACUCUCGGUGUCAUCUUGCUUCCCUUGAUCGCCUGGGGCAUCAUUCCAAUCCAAGGCAUCCGCGUUGAGAGCGGUGCAUUCUCCUACGACUCGUGGAACUGGUUCGUUGCUGCUUGUGGUGUUCCUUCCCUUCUCCUCGGUUUCUGGCUCUUCUCGUUCCCCGAGAGUCCCAAAUUCAUGAUGGAGUGCGGAGACUACGACGAUGCCCUGAAAUGCCUGAAGAGCGUCUACAGACAAAACACCGGUGACGAUCCGGAUAAUUAUCCGAUCAAGAGUCUAAAAGAGAAAGUGCGAACUGUGUCCGUUGCAUCGCAAAGCUCCCAGAAAUCCGUCAGAAGCCUUAGCAUGCGCAAGCGGAAGGAUCUGAAGCGUUUAUUCACUGAGAUUUGGACCCAGACCAAGGCUCUCUGCAGACCACCAUACCUCAAAUACACUAUCUUGACUUGCCUGAUUCAAUUCGGCCUGACCACAAGUUACUACACCUUGAUGAUCUGGUUCCCCGAGCUGUUCAACCGUUACGAAGAGUUCGAACAUCGUUUCCCCAACACAUCAGCUUCGGUUUGCGACGUGUCCAGCAUUGUCGUCGUUGACGAAGCAUCGUCUGAUCCCUUCGACUGCGAGAAGGUCAUCGACCAGAGCGUCUACAUGCACACCCUGAUUGUCGGUCUCGCCUGCAUUCCCACCUCGCUCUGGCUACCCCUCUGCGUUCAUAAGCUUGGUGCCAAAUUUUUCUUGAUUUUCAGUUUGAGUUUCGCCGGAGUGGUGACAGUCGGUUUGUACUACGUACAGAACUCCAUCCAGAAUUUGGUACUGUCCUGUAUCUUUGAAGCCCUCACCUCGCUCGCCAUCAGUCUCGUGUUCUGCGUGCUCGUCGACCUGUUCCCUACAAAUCUCAGGUGUGCUACACAAUAUUUAAUGAAUGUACGAGGUCCCGCGGCUAGGGGGCGCGCGUGGUAUGUGGGACUUGAAGAGCUGCAGAUGCUGGGCGCAGACCGCAGGCCCAAGGAUAUUUUAGGGCCAUACCGCACAAACGACUCCCCUGCACUCUUACACCCCACAUCCGAUCUCCGUCCGGGGUCAGAACCCGGUCAGAGUAGGGCGGUUCCCGCGGAUUCAUGCACCUACUUACCUACCUUAAGACCUUAUGCUAUUUCAAAAUGGUGUCAGUGCGUAAAAAAUUGAACGGGAAAAAAUUUUUUUGUUUGUUACCACAAAAAUAUCGAUACCUAAUAAAAUUUCGUAAAAAACUGGUUCUAAAUCAGUGAAUCCGUCCCACGCUUAGUAACAGGGAAUAAGCACCCCUUUGUCAUGGAGUCGCAAUAUCAAGGUGUAUUCCUGCAGGCUUGUGGGUAUAUUGGGAUUGUUGGGAACAUUGUUUCGAACUGUGUUCAGUAUAAAAGUUAUUCGAAGGCAAAUGUUAGGAAUCCUUAAGAGAACUUAGCGAUUAUUUACGUGUGGACAUAGUCUGGCGUUUUAUAAAACUCUGGUACGACUUCGCAUGAAGUACUAUUACCAUCUCUGGGUCAUAGCUCCCAAAUAUCAGCUACUUCAUAUUUCUGAGUCUGCACUUCUCUAUGUUUCGUACCGUAUAUUACAUGGGGAGUGCUCCGAGGUAUUGUCUAAUAUGAUCCAUCUCAUUGCCAUCUCUCUUUCUGCCGAUUUAGCAAAAUUCAUCUAUACUAUCUGGAAAUACCGUGCUCAUUCACAGUUCGUUUUCAUGGUCCUUUUUUUCUAUUCGGUACUGGAAUGAACUCGCUCCCACGAUUUUAGCCACUAUGACGUGUCCUUCGAGAAUUGAAGACUCUGAAUUGACUCAGCUAUUUCCCUGACAUUGCAGAUAUAUACAAA